AGUGUUAAAAGCAAUAUAGUGUGAGUCUCGAGGCGGGUUGGUGGCCUGAUGAGCAGUAUCCUUUCGAGACGUCUGGAGGAAAGGAUUUGUGUUGUGGAAACCCGUGGCAAAAUUUACAGCGUUGGUUUAUAGUGGAACUGAAAGAGGACACCGAUCAUGGCACGCCUCUUAAUUGUAAUAGUCAUAGCGGUGGCGGCGUCUAGAUGCAGUGCAAUCUUCCCAUUUAAUCUGGAAGCAGUUGACGUGGUGGUGACAAACGUAAAGGACCAUCUUGAUGAUACCAUCGACCCCUACUUAGUACCCGCUGAACACGACACCUAUGGGCAGAGCCCUUAUGGAUAUGUUCCCCAGAAGUAUGUGAAUGAACCUAUCUGCCCACUGUAUAUAAAACCUGUGUGGGAAGAAGCAGUGGUGCAACAGGUUGUGCACUCUCUGGUGACAGUAUGGGAGAAAUUACAGAAAACGGAAUUUGUCCAUGUGACUGAAACCUUGAAAUAUCCUGUGACAGUGAUAAAUCGGUCUACUGUUACUAUACCUGCUCCGCCCAUUUACAAGACCGAAACUAUUAUAGUGCCGGAGGAGAAAACGGUAAUGUCUGCUAGGAUUGACACUGUUACAUACACCAUAACCCAGACUAAUCUUGAGGUUAUAACAUACACACUAACAAAUACAAUCACUACAACAACCUUUGAAGCUGAAUGGAUUACCCUCACUGAGUAUGAGACAUCCUGGGAAACGGUGAAUGUACCUGUGACUAGUAUCACCACAGUCUGGACACAAGAG